AUGCAGCGUGAACUUAGAUCGUCUGCGGAGAGCCAUGGAUGCCUCCCACACUUCUGCAUUGGCUACAACACAAGCAGGGUGCCGGAAGAGGUCUUGCAUGCGAUCGGGAAGUUGACGCCAGGGAGCGAGGCGAAGGACAAGUGCCCAUGCUGCCAUGCUCGUAGACAACCCGGCGAUGAGUCGCCCUUCUGCUGCGCGAGGAGCGCUUUCGUGUCCACGGCUCAUGUUGACCUGGGGCUGAAAGGUCUGUUCAUCUUCGAUCCGUUCUGGAACCGAUGCUGCAACGAAGCGCGGAGGCGGGGAUGGGAGGCAUACGAGUCUCAGGCAUGCAGCUUCUGCAAGUCUCAAGGAUGUAAAAAGGGUGACACCGGGAGCGUGAGCGCUCGAGAUGCGCAUGACAUGAAGACAAGGAAGAUAUACUGUUUCGCCCACGGGAGGCAGAGUCCUUCGUCUGACGGUUUCUGCUGCAAGAGGGGAGAGGAAGGUCAAAGACAGAGAGUGGGAGAUGGCAAGAAGGAGGAGAGAGCGGAAGAUGCAAAGAAGCAGGGAGUGGGGGAUGAAAAGAAGCAGGAGGGAGUGAACUCACUGCCCAUGGAGUCAGAGCAGACUCUCCUCUCUCCUCGUUCCAGCUUGGUCCAUGGGCAGGAGGUAGUGAUGCAUCUUGGGGCAGUUCGUGCUUCGAGUACCCAGGGGACAAGCCAAAGGGAAUGGUUCGAGCUGAAAUUUCUGACGCUUCCAGGGCAACCGAUGUAG